AUCUAUUUAUUUAAAUUACGAACCUUUGUGGAGAUUAUCGAGAAAAAUUGUAAAAGCUUGAAAUAUAUUUCUUGAAUUCAAAAUAACAAUGACCACAGUUUCCGUCGGUCUUGGACUAAUCUACGUCAUAGGCCUCCAAACGGUAUUCAGUGAACUGCUUGACGCCAUAGUUCACAAAGAGCUAACAUGUCAGCCGGGCGGCACUAUGGCUGUAAACGUCAGCUACCUACGAGAUGGCAAGAUGUCCAGUUUUUCAAAGAAGUUCAAUCUGACCUCAGAUGGAUCGGUUGUUGGCGACUGCAACAACGACCUUGUUCAUGUCCUCUUGAAUUCGGACGAUGGGAAACUGAAGUUUGAUCUGCAAUUCGAAAACGAAAACACCACUAAGGGCAAACGCAUCUUGAUUCUUCACGAUGUUAUCAUGUACAGUGUUCAUAAUAGCACUCACUUCGAGCGAGCUGAUGUACAAAAGCGGAACGAGGCAAGCGAGGAUCUGGUGUUCAAAGCGGCCGUAAACGCGUCCCGAUGUGACCGGAAAGAGAAGAUUGUUUACCGCUCCACGCAUGCGCAAGCCUCAAUGGUGUUUACCCAGGUCCGACUUACACCUCUGAGUUCACUGGAAGACUUCCCACUGGACGAUGAGGCCGAUCUAUGUCCGCAUGAUUUGACGCCGGGCCCAAAACAGAACCCACACGGGCAUAUUUUGGUCCCCGUUCUACUAGGAAUUUCUCUUACGCUCGUAGUGGUGUUGCUAGCGACUGGAUACUUUGUUCACAAGAGGAUCGAGGGGAUGGGAUAUAUCAACAUGCCAUGA